GUGGUGCGGUCGAGUCAUCGCUGGGCUUCGCCGCUUCGAUCUCUCAUCCCUCCCCCCGCCCAGGCGCGGGGGGUCGACCAGCCAAGUGAGGUGGGAGGCGACUCAGACCUUUCCCUCCACUUUGUUUUGGCCAGCGCCCCGGCUACUCGUUCUGGGGCCCAGUCUGAGUGGCCGGGGCCUACAUCGGCCCGCCGCUGGGCCUCAUGAGGCAUAGCCUGACCAAGCUGCUGGCAGCCUCAGGCAGGGACUCCCCAACCCGCAGCCAGAGCCCGGCGCCGGCCGCGACCUGCUCGCUGUCCGCGGACCUGAUCCGGGCUGCGGCGGGGGAGAAGGAGACGGCAGUGGCCGGAUCUCCUGGCCGCAAGCAGCCACACGCCGACGUGGGCGAGUUGGAGGCCGGGACGGGGAGCCGCGGCGGCGUGGCCGUGCGCGCGCCCUCGCCCGAGGAGAUGGAGGAGGAGGCGGUCGCCGGCGUCCCUGGGGAAGAGACCGAGGAUAUGGACUUUUUGUCCGGGCUGGAACUGGCGGAUCUUUUGGACCCCCGGCAACCGGACUGGCACCUGGAGCCCGGACUUAGCUCGCCUGGGCCUCUCUCCUCGUCCGGCGGAGGCUCGGAUAGCGGCGGCCUGUGGAGAGGGGACGACGACGACGACGCCGCGGCUGCUGAGAUGCAGCGCUUUUCCGACCUGCUGCAGAGGCUGUUAAACGGCAUCGGAGGCUGCAGUAGCAGCAGUGACAAUGGCUGCGGCGAAAAGAGGCGGAGAAAGUCCCCGGGAGGAGGCGGCGGUGGCGGCAGCGGCAACGACAACAACCAGGCGGCGACAAAGAGUCCCCGGAAGGCGGCGGCGGCCGCUGCCCGUCUUAAUCGGCUGAAGAAGAAGGAGUACGUGAUGGGGCUGGAGAGUCGAGUCCGGGGUCUGGCAGCCGAGAACCAGGAGCUGCGGGCCGAGAAUCGGGAGCUGGGCAAACGCGUACAAGCACUGCAAGAGGAGAGUCGCUACCUACGGGCAGUCUUAGCCAACGAGACUGGACUGGCUCGCUUGCUGAGCCGGCUGAGCGGCGUGGGACUGCGGCUGACCACCUCGCUCUUCAGAGACUCGCCCGCCGGUGACCACGACUACGCGCUGCCGGUGGGAAAGCAGCAGCAGGACCUGCUAGAAGAGGACGACUCAGCGGGAGGAGUGUGUCUUCAUGUGGACAAGGAUAAGGUGUCGGUGGAGUUCUGCUCGGCGUGCGCCCGGAAGGCGUCGUCUUCUCUUAAAAUUUUCUUUUUUAGGUGAUUUCCUUCCUGCCAGGCUCCGUUGUAGGGGUUACAGAACAGUCGUUCCCGCCUCACAACCUGACUUACGUGUACCUAGCUCUUCUGUCCCCAGUGUGGACAUGGCCUUGGAUGACAUCGGUUCCAACUGUACACUGAAACCUGCUUAUAGAGAUACAGUUUGGAGACAGUGAAACAGGUGAAGUUGAAUGGAAGUUCCGAGUUGUACAAGGUGCAAAUUGGAAUUCCAGUUUUAGAGCAACUUUUCAGAGGUUGACAUUAAGUAUUUGGGACAUGCACAAAUGUGAUAGUUAUUUUGCUGGUGAUGGUAGAUAUCUUAAAUAUUCAAGAAUACGUUUUAGUUUUCAGUAGAAGAUGCAGAAAUACAAUCUAUCCAGAGUAACAAAUUUUAAUAUCUCACCAUUAGAGAAGUUGGAAAUUAACAUACGUGUCAGACUCCUGUGUUUUAGUUAAUUGGAGGAAGAAUAAGAAUGGUUAAUGAAAUGUUUCUUUGAGGACCAGCACAGUGAUUACCCCAUCACUGAGAAUGAAUAAAUUGUCGAACAUCUUUAUUUUUGUUGUAUUAAAAUUUUAGGUUAAAUUUAUGUAUGUAUGAUUAGAUAUUGAAGGUUGUGAAAUGUGAAUGAAAACGUGUAAAGUGAGGUUUCACAAAGAAUCUUACUCUGUAUUUCAAAAGUAUUUGUCCUAUUUAAAAGUAAUUUUUAAAAUUGAGUGGUUCUGGCCACUGAAAUGACAUUGAUUGACACUAUUUUUCCAAAGAUGGGAUGUAUUCUUCCCUUGAAGUACUCUAUUAUCUGCUGUCCAGUUAUAUAAAUUGAGUUGUGGUGUCCUUCAGGGUAAGAGGCAUUAAAUUCUUUGUGAAACAUCACUGUUUGAUAAAGUAUAUACGUAUUUAGCAUCCUUGUUUUUCUUUGUGCUAAAGUGGAUACAGCUGUUGGGGCAGAAGAGACGGGACCAGCUGCUGGCCACAUUUCCUGCUUUAUUUUAAAAGGUAGUAUAAGAAAUGAGGAAAAAGAGGUAAUAUCAGGGCUUCUGCUGUUUUUUAUUUUUAAAAUGUUCAUAAUUAAAAAGUUUUCCAGCAGUCCAAAGAUGUAAGUUAUCUUACACAUAAAAUGUUUUAUUUUGUUGUUAUUUGGUAUGAAAAUGGAAUCCUUGUUCUUGCACAACUGUAAACGUUUUGUUGCUAGAUAAUAUGAUUUGAGACCUAAAUUGGUCUCUGGUUUCCAGUGCAUCACAGCAUAUUUUGUAAAAUCAUCUACUGCACUUAAGCAUGAAUGGGUAGUAGCCAAACUCUCAACCUGGAGUGAUGAACCUGCUUAUACCUAAGGGCAGGAGCAAGCCCCUCACAAUGCAGCUGCAUGGAUUUUUAGUGCCUACUGAAUUAUAUAUAUAUAUAUAUAUAU